AUGAUAGAUAAAUUACCAAUAGAAUGUCUUCAAAAAAUAUUUUCAGAGUUCAGUUAUAGACAAAUAGGCGAGAAUGAAAAUAGUUUUAUAACUUUAUAUUCUUUAGCUUUAGUCUCAAGAUAUUGGUGUCGUAUAGCUAAUGCUAUUCUUUGGAGAGCACCUUUUUCAUGGUUGUUCGAAAAAAAAGAAUAUUGGGAUCGUCAUUAUUCUCUAAUAUCAAUUUAUUUCUCUUGUUUAUCUGAUGAAUCUCAAAUUCUUUUAUAUGAAAAUGGAAUUCCUCUUACUUCAGCAUUGGAUAUUCUACCAUUCUUUGAUUAUCCAACAUUUUUAACCAUAUUGGAAUAUAAAUGUUUAUAUAUGGCUGCCCGUAAUUGGUUAGUUAAACAAUUGACUGAUGAAUUUUAUGAGGAAGAUAAUGAUAAUCGUCUAUAUUUAUUAGUUAGGGAACUAUGUAAAUUAUUUAUGAGUAGAUGUACUAUCUUGGAAAACAUUAGUUUCGAUGAUCCGGAUAAUAAUGAACUUAAAGUAGAUUUCGUUAUCAAUUUACCACAAUUACCGGGAGCCGAAAUAACAUUAAAAAAUCUCUAUUCUUUUGGUUGUGUUGGAUGUAAUGAACCUGAGAUAAUGUUUAGUGCUGCAAAUAUUUGUAAAUUAAUCAAAGUAUUUUAUAUUGAUUGUUGUUGUAUUGAUAAUGAAGGUUUAGCAACACUUAUUGAAAAUCAAAAAAUUCCAUUAGAAGGUAUCUGGUUUGAUUUUACAGGAAAUUAUGAAGAAUUUCCAAGAAUUAAGAAGGCUCUUGAGAACAAAGGUGAAUAUCUUAAAUGGUUAUCCAUAAGACGUUUAAAUUUUCCAUUAGAUAUUUUGGGUUCAUGUACAAAUCUUUCAGAAUUAUGGUUAAAUGGAAAUUUUGAUAUUUCACCGGAAAUUCUUGAGAAAUUUGUAAAUUUUUCUUUUCCUAAUUUAAAAGAGAUUCACAUUACAUUAAUCUCUGUUCAUAUAAAACAAAUUAUAACAUUAAUUAAUAAUAGUCAUAAAAAUAUUGAAUUUAUUGAAUUUUUAUGGCGUUCUACAAUGGACUUUGAGAAUUUUAUGAAUUACACCGAAACCAUAAUAAAUUGUUGUCCUCGAUUAACAUUUUAUAAUGGCUUCUUUUCUGCAGAAAAGAUUUCAUAUUUACCUUAUAUAUUCAAAACAUGUCAAAGAUUGAUAGAAUUCAGGAUAGGUUGGAGUGUGGAAAAUAGUUGUGAUAUUAGUGAAGUAUUAAUUAAAUUGGGAAAAAUUGUACCAAAGAAUUUGACAAGAUUUUCUUUACCGUCGAAUUGGGAAUGUACUAUUGAAGCAUUAGAAUCUUUUUUGGAAGAUUGUGCUGAAAAAUUAAAAAAACCUAUACUUAUUGGAAUAUAUAGUAAUACAUUUGAACAUUCCAAACUUCUUGAUCGAUAUAUUAAAAGAAAUGUCAUUAAAGAUUUACUUCCUGAACUUUAUCCUUUCCAAUAA